CCCGGGCAGGAAGGUCAGGUGCAAGAGAAUGGGGUCUCUCCCCAGGCAGGAAGGUCAGGUGCGAGUCCCGCCCAGCUCCGUCUCCCAGCUCGCCCGCAAGGGGAACCCGAGUCAAGGCUGUGCCCCAAAAGGACAGCUUGGGGACAGGCCGCGGUGGGUGGGGGUGGGGGCUCCUUUGUGCCCCCACCCCACUUGUACACGCCUUACGCCGAGGCAGCGGAUGCACGCACCAUUUUGUAAUAUAUUCCCUGCUAACUGUUGAACCACGGGAAAGACCACAACUGGGGAAGCAUAGGCAGAGUGCCCGCCCCCACUCCUGGCGAUGACCGUUGAAAAUACCUUGCUCUGCCUCCUGCCCGGCUUGGUCCUGCACACACUUUUUGGCGCCUUAAAUCGGGAUCCUCGGGACAGCCCCACCCUCCUCGCCUCGGCCCUGCUCAGGAGGGGUCCCCAAGCCACCGGGGUCAUCUCCGCCCCGACGUGAACUCAGCUCUGCCGGGACAGACGCGGGGGGCGGCGGGGGGCCGCACGCGGGGGCCGGGCAAGGAGUAGGCGGCCGGGGCCGCGCGGAGAGGCGGAGACACGGCGACAGUGGCGGCGGCGGCUCCGCCCGGGGCCGCCCACGCCGGGGUCUCCGUUUCCCGCGGGGCAGCAGCAGCCGCUCCGCGCCCGCGCCCCCCGCGCGCCGCCGCCUUCCCGGAGGAGCCGCGGGGCCUCGCGGCAGGUGCGGCGGCGCAGCUCGCAGCACGUGAUGGCCGAGACCCCCACUCCCAUGGCCAGGCCCGGGAAGCCCGGGGCCGGGGAGGACCGGCAGGAGGAAGGAGAGGAAGAAGGGGGCUCCGGGAGGCCACGGGCAGAGACGCUGGAGCAGGCCCAGGAGCUGUUUCUGCUGUGUGACAAAGACGCCAAGGGCUUCCUCACACGGCAUGACCUGCAGGGCCUGCAGAACGACGUGCCCCUCACACCGGAGCAGCUAGAGGCUGUGUUCGAGAGCCUGGAUCAGGCCGGCACCGGCUUCCUCACCGCUUGGGAGUUCUGCCUCGGCCUGGGGAAGUUUGUGGGGGUGGAGUCAGCCCAGAGCACACCGCCCUCCCAGGCUCCAGAGGAAACCUUCGAGUCGGGCUGGUCAGAUGUGCAGGGCACUGGGGGCUCCCUGGAAGAAGAGGAGGAGGAGAGAUUCCGGGAAGCGCUGGAGCAGCUGGGGGUGGCCCCAGUCCUGGGCCAGCAGCGAGCGGUGCGGACAUUCUGGACCCGAUUGCAGCGCGAGCGACCCGAGCUGCUGGGCUCCUUCGAGGACGUUCUGGUGCGCGCCUCGGCCUGCCUGGAGGAGGCAGCCCGAGAGCGGGACGGUCUGGAGCAGGCGCUGCGGCGGCGGGAAAGCGAGCACCAGAGGGAGGUGCGGUGUCUGUACGAGGAGACGGAGCAGCAGCUUCGCGAGCAGCGCCAGCGUCUCCGGAGUCAGGACCUUCCCCGGGAGGAGCGCACAGGCCUCCUGGAGCUGGAGCUGCAGGACCGCGAGCAGGAGCUGGAGCGGGCAGGCCUGCGGCAGCGGGAGCUGGAACAGCAGCUGCAGGCCCGGGCCAGCGAGCAGCUGGAGGUGCAGGCGCAGAACGCCCAGCUGUGGCUAGCCAACGAGGCGCUACGAACGCAGCUGGAGGGGACGCAGGAGCAGCUCCACAGGCUGGAGGGCGACUUGCGGAGCCGCCAGGAGCAAGCCCUACGAGAUGUGGUCGCUGUGUCGAGGAACAUGCAAAAGGAGAAGCUCAGCCUCCUGCGGCAACUGGGACUCCUCAGGGAGCUGAAUGCGAGGCUACGGGAUGAGAGGGAUGCCUGCGAGGCCAAGCGGUUAGCCAGCGGUCGAAGGAAAGCUCUGGCCAUGGCUCGCAUGCCGGGCCCCACCUGCUGCUGUUGCUGCUGCUGCAGCUGGGCUCGCCCCCCAAGAUGUGGCUCUGGCCACCUUCCCAGUGCCCGCUGACCAUCCCCCAGAGACUCACUGGGCAUCCCUCGGAGAGGCCGCCCCUCGAAGGCGAGGCGUCAUGGCCCAUCCAGCAUUCAGGCUCUGCUCCAGGCACUGCAGGCCUGCCUGCAUGCAGACAUGAAGGAGCUACCCAGGGAGUGGUGGGGCGGGUCGGAGUCUCACGUGCCCCCCUGCGGGGCCUCAUCCUGUCCCAUCCCAUCAAAUCCAUCUCUGACCAGCAGAAAAACUCCCUCCUCCUAAUAAAGUCCAUUGACUGCACUGUGA